AUGAAGAUGAUGUUCGCUUUCCUCUUUGUCGUCGCUCUGUUCACCGGAGCGUCCUUUAAGGUCAAGCCCUUGAAGACAGUCGCGACCGUCGGUUUCAAACUGAAGGCGGAAGCAACCGAGUUCAAACGGAGACUCCAUGUGUGCCAUAAACAUCUUGAUCUCAUUUACAACGACAGCGCAAUCAUUGAGAAAGAAAACAGCGAGCUCAUUGAGGACAAUUCUGGGUUGCAAGAGCAGCUGAACGAAGCUAGAGCAAGUCUAAGUUCUUGCGAAGAUAGGACGGCACGAGCCUACGGCAAACUGAUUGUCACCCUUGAAGCGCCGGUCCCAACCUCUGACGAGGCAAUUGCGAAGAUGCGCAUCCAUUUCGAUCCACAGAAAUGCCAAGGCAUGUAUGACCACGUUGUUGAAGACGACAAUCUACGACUGUGCAUUUUAUCCACCCCCGUGUGUCUCAGAGACUACGACACAUCCAAAGCUCGCUUCAACGCCUCGGCCAACAAACACGGACAUCUGCAGACAGUAGCGGUGCAAGUUCUGGAAGUGAAUGGAGCUGCACCAGCGCAAGUCAAAGCCAAUCUAGAGACACUGGAGAACUGCCAGGGUACUUCGAUUGAAGUAUUUGCACUUGCGCCUUGUCCCCAAGGAAUCCCCACUACAAACAACAGAGACGCACUGAUCAAGGAUGCAGCAGAGGAGGAAAAGCAAGAGGCGGCAUCGACCAUUGCUGGCACCAAUGGUGAUUCAGUAGCUACGGUAUCCAAUGAACAAAAUGGCACGAUCUUGGUGGAGGAACAAGAUUUGCACCAUGAAUUGGUUGCCGUUGCUGUCGCUGGAGACGGAGACGGAAUCGUCGCCACCGAUAUUGUCGACGCUCCGUCUGCGGCCAUGAUGACUUACGGUGUCGGUUUUGACGGCGAACAUCCGGAGACAGGUGCUGGUGCUUCCGCUAGUGAGGAAAGUGAAGAACUCCAUAGUUCUUCCAAAGCAUCCGAUUUCGUCGACACGCAUACUGCGGCACCCCCUAGUAUGACGAUGGCAGCUUCGGAAUCGACUGUGCUUUCGCGAGGCGCAGAAGUUCGAGAUUAUCGCACAAAGAAGUGCGACCUCCAGCCAAUCAGUUGGGAAAACAAGUUUGAUGGCGUCAGUGAUGAAGCGGAGCGCAUUCUAAUCAUUGGUGAUUGCCAGGAUGCUGUGAUUGAAGGAGGAACCCCUUGUUUGGUCGCCCAUCACCAGGGGAUUGAUGCUUACAAGCGGCUUGUGAACAUUUGUGCCGAUGAUCGAAAACGUUGCGAGGAUUCCAGGGAGGCGGAUCGAAAACAUUGCGAGGAUUCCAGGGAGGCGGAUCGACAACACUGGGAGAUGGCGCAGAAGAAAGACCGCGACCACUAUGAAGCACAGCGAGCUACUUUGAUCAACGAACACCAGGCGCAGUUGGAACGUGAGCAGUCUGCAAAAUCGGAGGAAUGCGAGAAGUGUCUGGUUGCGUUACCCUUGUGCCAAAAGAAGGAGGCGCAGAGAUACGCGGCCAACGAUUUGCUUCAAGGCAAGAUCAACGAAGAGCGGGGGCAGUUUGAAACUCGGUUGGACGGAGCUGCCAAGCAGAACAAAGCUGAUGUUGAGGAUUUGAAACUUGCGGUUGCACGUGUACAUUCUGAAUCCCAACAGAAUUCGUCAAUCUUGGUGCACAAGCUUGGUAAUAUGACCACUGACUACGAAAACGCCAAACAAAAUGCCUCGAAGUGGGAAUGCCAUGCGACCAAGCUCCAAUCAAGUCUAACCGAUUCGCAGAAUUAUCACGAGACUUGUUUGGAAGAUGUACGGAAUGAGCGGCAGAAUGUGCAAGAUUGCAAGGCCGAAAACGAACUGCUCAACAAACGGAUUCAGCAGCUCGAACGUGAGGCAUUGAACCGAAACAAUGUCAAUGAAGCAUUGCGCAACGAGAAUGAGGCGCUCAACAAGAAAGUCGCGAAGUUCCAGGAGCAGCAGGAGCAUUUGAAUGAGGUCAUGGCUCGAAACAUCUAA